AUGCCGUCCGUCAUUCAGCCUGCUGGCGUGGGCACCCAUGUUGCCAUUGUCGGCGCCGGUCCACGAGGAACCAGCACUCUGGAACGUCUUUGUGCCUCAGCACCGGAGUUUCUUGCCCCAGGAGCACGACUGACGGUUCAUAUCAUUGAUCCAUCGCCUCCAGGCGCGGGUCGUGUCUGGCGCACAGAGCAGUCGAAUGAAGUUCUGAUGAACACCGUCACAUCCCAGGUGACCCUGUUCACUGAUGACAGCAUCGUCUGCUCAGGCCCAAUCCGUCCAGGACCAAGUCUUUACAACUGGGCUGCCGACAGGAUCCCUGGCCUUGGGCCUGAUGAUUAUGGAACCCGUGCUCAGUACGGACAAUAUCUUGAAUGGAUCUUUCAAGAGAUUGUGCGACAAGCACCACCUCAAGUGCAAAUUGAGGUUCAUCCCGCCUUCGCUGUCCGCUUGGACGACACAUCUUAUGGCCAGCAAACGCUCACGCUGUCCAAUGGUCGCACCCUUUCUGGUCUGGCAGCUGUCGUCCUUGCGCAGGGUCACGUCCCACUACUUCUGGACAUUGAACAACGGAAGCUCAAUGCUUACGCAGAGUUAAAUGGUCUUCAUCAUAUCACGCCCUCAAACCCGGCAGAUGUUGAUCUUUCCGUUAUUCUUCCAAGAGAGAACGUCUUUCUACGUGGUCUUGGUCUCAACUUCUUUGACUACAUGGCGUUGUUGACAACAUCCCGGGGUGGUAGCUUCUCAGAGACCCCCAACGGCUUAAAAUAUCACCCAUCGGGCAAUGAGCCUCGGAUGAUUGCGGGAUCCCGUCGCGGAAUUCCAUACCACUCCCGUGGUGAUAACGGCAAGGGGGGCAUACGGCCGCCACAUGCCCCUCUCAUCAAUGCUUUCCGCAAACAUUCCGAUGCCGGAAAAGCGCCCGACUUCCUCCAGGAUAUAUGGCCUCUUGUCUCCAAAGAAGUCGAAACCGUCUAUUACCUCGCUCUGCUCAAGCGCGAUGAAUCGGAACAGACCGACUUCCAGAUCAGGUUCCUGGAAGCUGAGCCAAAUAGUCCUGAGGAAGCGCAAGUUCUUCACGAGUUCGGUAUUUCGAAAGAGGAGCGGUGGUCCUGGGACCGUAUCCAGCGUCCACAGGGCGACCGGAUUUUCAAUACCACCACCGAGUGGCGUGAGUGGUUGAUCGACUACCUUCGUGAAGAUGCCAAGGAGGCGGCACUUGGAAAUUUGAAUGGUCCACUCAAGGCAGCUUUGGACGUGAUGCGUGAUUUGCGAAACGAACUGCGACUCAUCGUGGAUCACAAUGGAUUGACCGCCACUUCUCAUCGGAAGCACCUCGAUCGCUGGUACACGCCUCUCAACGCCUAUGUGUCGAUUGGACCUCCUCGUCAACGCAUUGAGCAAAUGAUUGCGUUGAUGGAGGCGGGUGUUCUGGAAGUCCUGGGUCCCCAUCCCAAGGUAAAAGCCCAGGAUGAGGCUUGGCUCGUAUACUCGCCCGAGAUUCCUGGUGAGCCAAUCCGGGUUACUACAUUGAUCGAAGCCCGCUUGCCAGAGCCAACACUGCAGAACACUGCGGAUAAGCUUCUUUCUCAUCUGUAUAACACUGGUCAAUGCCGCGCUCACACGAUUGAUGCAUACGAGACUGGUGGUCUUGAUGUCACUGGAAGCCCAUACCAUCUCAUCGACACGUAUGGCCGUGUGCACCCAAAGCGCUUUGCUGUUGGCGUUCCAACAGAAGGAGUCCACUGGGUGACCGCUGCUGGUGCCAGACCAGGUGUGAACUCAGUCACACUUUGUGACACUGAUGCCGUCGCCCGCGCUGCCCUUGGCGCAGCGUCUAUCGAGGCAAGGAUCACUCGGGCUCAGGUUGAAGUGAAGGCUUUUCCCCUUGUUGAGGUUGCCGAGCUCCGUGUUCAUGUCUGA